UCGCCGUUGACAGAAUGGCUCGGCUCUAGGACCCGGAUCAGAGCGCGCGGCCGCGGGGCUGGAGACUGUCGGUCUCUUCAGAUCAUCCUCACAUCAUCAUCUUCACCACACUUGAGGAGAUAUGAUUUCAAAUUUCAGCGUUUCACAGAUCUGCAGAUUCCCGGUCGAAUGAGGCGAGGACAGAGGAACGGAGAGAUGAAGAGCGGAAAACACCUGUGAUUAAAAUCCGCCCAUCAGCCGCUGAGAUGUUCAGCUCCAGCAGCACUAUGACCGAUGGAGAUUACGAUUAUCUGAUCAAACUCCUGGCUUUGGGGGACUCCGGGGUCGGCAAGACCACUUUCCUCUACCGAUACACAGAUAACAAGUUCAACCCCAAAUUCAUCACCACCGUGGGCAUCGACUUCAGGGAAAAGAGAGUGGUUUAUACGACUAACAGCCCCAAUGGGACGACGGGGAAAACCUUUAAGGUUCACCUGCAGCUGUGGGACACUGCGGGACAGGAGAGGUUCAGGAGUUUGACCACUGCAUUCUUCAGGGAUGCCAUGGGUUUUCUGCUGAUGUUUGAUCUGACCAGCCAGCAGAGCUUUCUCAACGUCAGGAACUGGAUGAGUCAGCUCCAGGCUAAUGCAUAUUGUGAGAAUCCAGAUAUCGUGCUGGUGGGAAAUAAAGCAGAUCUAGCCGACCAGAGAGAAGUUCAGGAGAAACAAGCGAAAGAACUCGCAGACAAAUACGGCAUCCCGUACUUCGAGACGAGUGCAGCGACGGGCUCUGAGGUGGACAAGGCUGUGGUGACGCUGCUGGAUCUGGUGAUGAAGCGGAUGGAGCAGUGUGUGGAGAAGCCCAGCGCAGACGCAAACACCAGCGACGGCAGCAGCAAACUGAGCGCCGCACCUGCCCAACAGAAGAAGUGUGCAUGCUGAAGAACACACACACAUGGCCUUCUCUACACACACACACACACACACACACACAUACACACACGGAGACAAAGGAUCACAUUUUUAUUGUUCUUUUCAAAUAUCCAAAGUGAUGUUGGACAUUUACACAAACACACACACACACACACAUACACACAAACAAACACA